AUGGUUAUUUUGUUCCUUAAGAAUUCAGAAAGUUCUAAAAAGCCAUCUUCAAAAAGUUCAUCGAAAAAGCCCAAAAAAACAGGAACAACUAAGAAGAAAACUGAAGAAAAGGUUGUGAACCGUAUUUGUCAAACAAAACGUGAUGGGGUCUUUGUAUUAGUCAUCGAGGCUAUACCAGUGAAUAAACUUGAAAAAGAUGAGGACUUUGAUCUGAGUUUGGAUGUUGAAAUGAAAGGGAAGAAUGGUUAUCUGUCUGCAUCUGAUUGGCCUCUGUAUCCUUUUUAUGGCACCAUGUCACUUCUCUAUGUGUUCUAUGGCCUUGUGUGGCUGGUCGUUUCUGCUUGCCAGUGGAGAGAUUUACUCAGAAUACAGUUUUGGAUUGGAGGUGUUAUUGCUCUGGGUAUGCUGGAAAAGGCUGUGUUCUUCUCAGAGUACAAUAACAUUAACAUUACCGGGGAGACAAACCCAGGAUUGACAGUUUUUGCUGAGCUUGUGUCAUGUGUCAAGAGAACGUUGGCUCGAAUCUUGGUCAUCAUUGUCAGUAUGGGAUUCGGUAUCGUCAAACCCAGACUGGGAUCAACCCUUCAUCGAGUGUUAGGAGUUGGAGCUUUGUACUUCAUCCUGGCUACUAUCGAGGGAUGCUUUAGAGCACUUCGUCCGAAAUCUGAUCCUGGUCGUCAGCAGUUGAUUGCCAGUAUCCCGUUGGCUGUUCUGGAUGCCUCCAUCUGCUGGUGGAUAUUUAUGUCCUUGGUUCAGACCACAAGGACUCUUCGUAUCAGACGCAACCUGGUGAAACUCUCCCUGUACCGCCACUUCACAAACACUCUUAUCUUUGCAGUUUUGGCAUCUGUGGCCUACAUGAUUUGGUCCAUCAAGACUCACAGAUUUUCCAAGGGUGGUUGUAUCACGGAUUGGUCCGAGUUGUGGCUUGAUGAAGCUUUUUGGCAUUUCCUGUUCUCGAUCGUGCUGCUGGUUAUUAUGGUUUUGUGGAGACCCACAGCAAACAAUCAAAGGUACGCCUUCACACCAAUUGUUGACUUUGGUGACGAAGAAGAUGAAGACGAGAACAUGACCCUGUCAGAUGCUUUCGAUGGCAUGAAGAUGAGGAAUGUCAAGAACACACCAGAAGUUAUCAUCAAUGGCGACACGAAAAGAAAACACAAACCAGAGGAUGAUCUGAAAUGGGUUGAAGAAAACAUCCCCAGCUCUGCAGCUGAUGCAGUCUUACCAAGUGUGUUGGACUCAGAUGAGGAACUAAUGACAACCAAGUUUGAGAUGUCCAAAAUGGAAUAAAAUUUUUACUUUCCACCGAAUCACUAACGCGUCCUUCUAAACUCCUCUUCUAAACGCUCAAGCUUCAGAGUUCAGUUGGUGAGACGCGUCAACGUGAU